GCUCGUCGGAAAAAUCUCCUCAUUCUAAUUUCACAUUAUUUAAUGGAGAAAGGGUAUGUCGAUGCUGCAAAUGCUUUGGAACAAGAGACGAAAUUAAGUUUACGUGGCUUUGAAGUUUGUGACAACAUUGAUCUUGAGACAAUUCUAAUGGAAUAUGAAAGCUAUUACUUUGUAAAGUUUCAAAAGUAUCCUAAAAUUACCAAAAAGGUCCUGGACACUGCAGAAAAUAAACAACAGCUGAGAUCUGGAGGAAGGCCAAGAAGGGCAACAAGCUCUUCUCAUACUCUACCAAGGCUCAAUCAACAGACAGUGCAACAACCAGUGUCAAAGACUUCACCUGGGAUUACACUAGGAUCUAAAUCAUCUACCAAGGAGAGUAAUGACAGUGCACUUACUCUGGAACAAUCUGACUUUGGCUUAAGUAUCUCAGCAAUCAGCAAAAGUGGAGGAGACAGCACUCACCCAAGAAAGGGCCAAGUAAUGGACUUCAGUGGGAUGAUUCAGGAUGCUGUCAGUGUAUCACCAAAUGGAAUUGCCUUGAACAGCCUUAAUUAUGAUCCAGAUCCAUCAGAACGAUUAUUGAAACCCCUUAGUGCUUUUAUUGGCAUGACUGGUGAGAUGAGAGAACUUGCAAUGGCUGUAAGCAAAGACAUUUAUCUCCAUAAGCCAAACGUGAAGUGGAAUGAUAUUAUAGGACUGGAUGCAGCUAAAAGGCUAGUCAAGGAAGCAGUUGUUUAUCCCAUAAAGUACCCACAGCUGUUUACUGGCAUUCUGUCCCCUUGGAAAGGAUUAUUGCUAUAUGGACCACCAGGUACUGGAAAAACUUUGCUUGCUAAGGCAGUUGCCACAGAAUGCAGCACAACGUUUUUCAACAUAUCAGCAUCCACUAUUGUCAGCAAAUGGAGGGGUGAUUCAGAAAAACUUGUCCGGGUGUUAUUUGAGCUCGCCCGGUACCAUGCUCCUUCCACAAUUUUCUUGGAUGAGCUGGAGUCAGUUAUGAGUCAAAGAGGCACUGCUUCUGGUGGUGAACAUGAAGGAAGUCGGCGGAUGAAAACAGAAUUACUGGUGCAGAUGGAUGGCUUGGCCCGAUCUGAUGAUCUUGUAUUUGUUUUAGCAGCUUCCAAUCUGCCAUGGGAGUUAGAUUCUGCCAUGCUGCGGCGGCUGGAGAAGAGGAUUUUGGUUGACCUCCCAAGUAAAGAGGCACGGAAGGUGAUGGUCCAGCACUGGUUGCCCCCUCUGAGCAACAAUGGAGGUGUGAAGCUGAGGGCAGAUCUGGACUACAGCUUGCUGGGCCAGGAAAUGGAUGGAUACUCUGGCUCAGAUAUAAAACUCGUGUGCAAGGAAGCAGCUAUGAGACCAGUGAGGAAAAUUUUGGAUGCUCUUGAAAAUCAUCAGCCAGGUAACGGUAACUUGUCCAUGAUCCAAUUGGACACAAUCACAACGGCCGAUUUCCUGGAUGUGAUCACCCACACCAAGCCAUCAGCAAAGAAUCUAAGCCAGAAGUAUACAGCUUGGCAGAGAGAAUUUGAGUCAGUUUGA